CAAAUCCCUAACUGAGAGACAUGCGCCGUCUCCGAGAAUCUAUCAAAAGACUACGAGCUAAGCUGUUCAAAACGCCAAAUCCAAGAAACACAAUACAUGUACCGGUCGCAUCGAAUGAUUCGAGUGCAGCAAGUACAGACAAUGAAGAGGACGUGAGUGAUGAAACUUCAGAAGAGGCAUUAAGCCUCCCUGAUAGCACCAAUUACUCAGCUUCGACCGAGGGGACCACAAGUGCAGAUGAAGAAGUUGAAUCUGCUCCCUCACUCCCGGCACCAUCUUCACAGUUCAUCUCGUAUCUUAACCAGAGCAAAGAAAACAAGAGAACUCCAACGCGCGACCUCGUAAAGCCGUAUCUGCUUUACGAGAACCGGCCGCGCUACGAGUUCUUGCGUCCAAACGCAACCAUCGACGCUCUCGCAAAUCUCGUUCCGAUCUACGAUGGGCAAGAAAGUCUGUUCAAGAUCCGCACAAUAGACUAUGAGAAAGCCGACAAGGACCUGUACUUAAUGCGAUUGAGAGGUCGCCAGCGAGAAAAGAAACCUAGACUCGCCAUUGCUAAGUCAUUCGAGGCGUAUCAGAAGAAUUUCGAUGCAUUCACUCACGGUGUUUUGGCGGGUUUAGACUGGUCUAACGUUGUGGUGGCUGGGUCCUCUGCGAUGCUCCCCCUGUUGUCGCGCCGCAGAGAUGUGCACAUAGAGGAUGAGCCCACAACACAGAAUCCAGGUGAAAUAUAUUACCAAAAUACUGCGAGCUCAAGUGAUAUCGACAUAUUUCUCUACGGGUUCGAUAGCGAAGAUGCAGCCACUAAACGCAUUAUUGAGAUCGAAGCCUUAGUUCGCAAGAACCAGCACUUAAUUUCUAGUAAUGCGCUAACGUUACGGUCAGAGAACGCGAUCACGUUCAUCGCACCCAGAUGGCCGUACCGCCAUAUCCAGGUUAUUCUUAGGCUCUAUAAAUCGAUUAGUGAGAUUUUGACAGGCUUUGACGUUGACUGUUCUUGCGUUGCAUUCGAUGGAAAGCAAGUAUAUUCCAGUCCGCGAGGAGUCACGGCGAUAGCUACACGCACCAAUACCAUCGAUCUAAGCCGUCGGAGCCCAUCGUACGAGAAUCGGCUAUGGAAAUAUCGCCAUCACAACUUCGAGGUAUAUUGGGAGGCACUUGAUCGGUCGCGAAUCACUAUAGAUUUCCAUGAGGAUGACGUCUUCUCUAUCUACGAAGGCCACACGGAGCUCACAGGACUUGCCAGGUUACUAUUGUCUGAGGCAGUGCUCAAGAAAAUGAGUAGACCUCGUGGAUACAACCACUGGAGGAUGAAAGCGAACCUAAAGAAGCUAGACGAUGGCGGAGACCCGAAUAUGGUGGCAGAAACGUCGAGUGGUUAUGCCAACCACAGAAUUCCAUAUGGCUUAUUACUUACAGCUGAAAGUGUUCGCGGAACUGUGAUUGAGCACGCAAAAACGCCGUACAUGUUCGGCACGAUUCAAGAAGUAACCGAUCCGAAGAACCCAAAGUGCAAAUGGGAAUUAAAACAUAAGAGCAAAACGAAGCUGAGGAGGAAGGUAACCUUUAUCAAGUUUAACCCCGGCCGACAAAUGAUUGGAAGCUUUUACCCGCUUACCGAUGAUGAUUGGACUAGAAUGGCGUAUGAGCCAUAAAUCAGAUAGAAUAGCAAGUGAUAGAGCUUCUCAUUACCCCUAUGGAUUAUACCGUAGGCCAUCCAUCAACCCAUUUUAACAC